GUGCGAAGAGUAAUUUUGUAUUUAGUUUGCAUUUGGCUGCCAAUCGCUGCAGUUUAUGUUUUCUCGCUCAUUAUGAACUCGAAAAGAAAAAGUAUACUGUAUUACAGCUCCGAUGAUGAUUCUUCCUCUGAAAAGGCCAGUAAUUGCAACUGCAAUGAUCUGGAAACGAAAAUUGACACAAAAAUGCUUGAACUUGAAAAUAAGUUGAAAAGGUCGGAAAUUGAUUUAUUGCUGGCUAACGAAAAGAUUGCAAUGUUCGACGAAAAAAUUAAGGACAAAAACGACAUAAUAGAGGCACUAAUAUUGUCAAAUAACCUGUAUAGAUUUGAGAACAAGGAAAAGAUUGAUAAUCAGGCAAGCAAAAUAAAAACGAUGGAGGAGCAGUUGUGCAAAAUAAAGCAAGAAAAAAUAAAACUAGGCCAGGAAAACAAGAAAUUAAUGAAGCAACCUAAUGAAUCUGCCUCCCUAAUAGCUUCUUUGAGGGCCCAAAUAAAUGAAAUGGGUGCAAAGAAAAAUAAAGAUCUUGUUUCUCUCAGAGCCCAAAUAAAAGAAAAUUGUAAAAAAGAAACGCAGCAAAAAGUGCUGAUCGUUUCUCUGAAAAACCAAAUAAAAGAAAAUUGUGAAAAAGAAAGGGAACAAAAAAUUCUUAUAGCUUCUUUGAGAACCAAAAUAAAUGAAAUAGGUGCGAAGAAAAAUAAAGAUCUGGCUUCUCUCAAUGCCGAGAUAAAGGAGAAAGACAAAAUAAUAACAGAAAAUAAAGCACUUAUACAACAUCUUGAAAAUCAGAUAAGGGGAAAAGAUGAUCAGACAACCCUUUUGGAAUUGGGAGCGGGAUUGGAAACUUUAAGAAUGAAGGAGAAGGACGAUCUUCUAGAAGAACAAGCAGCUACCAUAUUAAAACUAAAAUCCUAUCAAGAGAAACAGGAGGAAAACGAACAGCUUAUCUCGUCCCUUAGGGCUAACAUUAAUGAAAUUUAUAAUCAAUUCAUACCCUGAAAAAAUCUUUUCCUGUAUUACUAUGUAUGUAUUAUGAAAUAAUAUUAUAUGAAAUAAAAAAUAAGCGAAACAAAAAGCAAA